CUCAACAAUAAAUAUAUCUCAAUCUAACAUUCCAUUUUACUCUUCAGAUCUUCGAUUUCGCUUCACAAUGGCACUGAAUUUUGCAAGACCACUGGAGGAUGACCGGAGAGUCUUUUUCAUAUCACCAGACUUCAAUAUCCAACCAGUAGAUGAGGCUAUCGCCGCCCAGCUUCCUCUGCGAACGGCUGCACCGGCCGUUCCAGAGCCGCCCCUUGGUAGGCCAGAUAAAGAUCCUGCCGAAGGUGAACUGGGUAUAGCCCUUUCAAGAUUCACUGGUACCUUCAAAGGAAGGGGUCUAAACAUGAUCUUUCGCCCGAGAAAUGGACCGAGCUCUUUCGACCCUGCUGAUGACCCAACAGCACCGGGUAAUGCUCUUAAGGACAAUCUUCUAGAAUACGACCUGACUGAGGAGAAGCUCCAGUUUUUGGGGGCAUCAGUGUUGAACAAUGUUCCCAAUCGUGGCUUUGGCAAACAGGAACACGUCAAUCUCAAGGGAACCCCAUAUAUUCAGACUGUUGCUAAUGUCCUGAACCCCGUUGAUGUCACACCAACGUCUAAGCUUAAGACGGACAUCCACUUCGAGCCCGGGUUGUUCAUGCGCGUCCCAGCACUCAACGCCACACCAGGAGUUGAUGUAGCUCCCCAAUCUGGGUCUCCACCACGUACCCCAGCUACUAUCACUCGUAUGGCUUCCAUUCCUCACGGCACAACGAUCAAUGCACAAGGCCUUGAUCCGACAAAGGUCGAGGCGGGUCCACCCGUCAUUCCUCUUUGGGACGACGUGAAUGGCGUCUCGAUCCCUGCCAGCUCGAACAGAAAGUUGCCAACCAUCCCCUUUACCAUUGAUAAUCCAAGCCAAAGAGUUCCAAAAACGCUCUUUCAUAAUACCGUAUACGACGACCCUGACAAAUUUCGUAUCCCCCAGACCGUCAAAGGACCUAAGUCCGUCAUCACUCAGAAUGUUUUCUACGAUCCAAAUUGGCUUUUGAAGCAAAAUAACGACAAGAAGAACAUUGUGGAUCACAUCACUUUUACCGUUACCACCGAAAAGAAAAAGGCUUUGCAGGGAGGCGGCACCGCCAACAUUGCCUUUCUUUCCGAACCGGAAAUUGACAAAGCCGCCGGUCCUGGAAGCCCACCAGAUAAUCCUGAUGACAGCGAACUCAACACUACGACGUUCAAUCCUGACGCGAACAACCCGUCCCGAUCAAACGCAGAUGCAGCGCAUAUGGAGGCAACUUUUUGGAUCUCCACCGUCCGCAACGAAAUCAUUAUCCCGCCGUGGAAUCCGAAGAUCACGCUGCCCAUAUGCGUACCGGUUGACCAAGAUCCUUCUGUACAGGGUCCACGUGCGUUCAGAGUCAGGCCAAACCGCCCAGUUAUCAAGCCAACUCGCGUCGCCGUUCAUUCGACGCAAAUUCAAUACAGUCAGUUGGUGCUGCUCAACUUUGGGCCAUUGAGUUGGCCGCAUAUUUCGGUUGCGACACUUGUUCCAGAUGAUCCGGAUGAUAAAAAUAUCCUUACCGUCGAUGUUGACGUGGAUGCGGCGAUGGUGCACUAAGUAAAUGCUGAUAUUCUUGCUACUUUUCGGUUCGUAGAAAAUUCGUCGCUCAUUUGCUAGGAGCAGCUCGGCGGACGUUCACCCACUCAUUAGAUGUAGCUGAGCAUAAGAAAUGAAAUCCAGAAAUCACGUUAA